AUGUCUUUUAAUUCUCAAAACCAUGGCAGUGACCUCAAACGUAAGAGCGGUUUGUUGGGUAGUAUCCGCGAUAAGCUAGGUCGUUCAAAGAGUACCGCACCAUCCAAAAGUCCAUUAUCCUUCCCAAGAGGAAUUCCAGAUAAUGCUCCCCCACCAGCUUAUACUUCUACAUCUCCAAUAUCACCCACUUCGUACAACCAGACAUCUCCGUCGUACAAUCAUGCUCCUGCGGCUUACAGUAACGCUUCCACAGCAUACACAAAUGCUUCUACAUUCUAUAGCAGCAACACUUUCGCAUCACGCCACUCCUCUACAGUUCCAAAUACUGCGGGAACUAUCCCACAACAUGAUCUCGAUGGGUCACCGUAUGCUCUUCUAUCUACAUUUGAUACAGUCCUUCUCAUCGAUGAUUCUACUAGUAUGGGAUGGUACACUCACCCUACGGCUUGGGAACAAGUUUUCUUCGCCCUUCAAACUAUAGCACCAAUCAUCACUUCCUACGAUGCUGAUGGAAUCGACGUUUACUUCAUGAACCACAAAAGUAAACACAAGGGUAAUGAAAGUGAAGGCGUCGCUGGUACCGGAUACUACAACAUCCAAAACGCAGCAUCAGUAGAAGAAGUAUGGUCGAUAGUAGACAAACCCCAAGGCAUAACCCCCACCGGCAAACGCAUCCGAGACAUCCUCUCCCCCUACAUGAAGCGCGCCAAGAAGGAACUUAAAGCAGGACGAGAAGUCAAACCAUUAAAUCUCAUCGUCAUCACCGACGGCGCUGCUUCCGACGACCCGGAAUCGGAAAUCGUCAAAGUAGCCCGCGAGCUCGAUGAUCUCGAUGCACCGCUCACCCAAGUGGGCAUUCAAUUUUUCCAGGUUGGAAAAGUGGCAGAGGCCAAACAAGCCCUGGAGGAUCUGGAUGAUGCGUUGGAGCAUCGAUAUAAGAUUAGAGAUAUGGUUGAUACUGUUACGUGGAAUGGAAGAGAUACCGAAGCGGGAUUGACGGGAGAUGGAAUCGUCAAGGCGGUGUUGGGUGCGAUUAUCAAGAGACUUGAUCAUAAACCUGCGAGUGGAGAAAUCCCUAGGAACUAA